AUGCGCCUUCCCUCACCUACUCCAAUUCGUGGACUGCUGCGCUGCUUGGAUGCCGGCUUCUUUGCGCCUUCCUUCGAGGAGGAAGGCUACAAAACCAUCGGCGAUGUGCGGUGUGAUGGCCGGGAGGCCGUGCACGAGUUUGUCUCGGCCCUCAGCAUGCCACGUGGAUCUGACGAACGCUUCAUGCGCCUGUGCUUUCAGGACGAUGCGGAAGGCGCAAACGAUGGUGGCAGUAGCGAGGCUGACUCUGCAGCUGCAGCGCUUCCAUGCAGCACCGGAGACGUUGAGUGGCAAAAGGCUGUGAUGCCACUGUACUCGAUGCACAUGGGUUGCGAGAACAUGGGUCCGCUCCUCCACAGCCUGACGCGCUUCGUCAAGCCACGAUGCUGCCUGGAAGUCGGGGCAGGCUACACGUCGGCCUUCUUGCUGCAAGCAUUAGAGGACAACUGGCGGGAGAUGCAGUUCUGGGAGUCGUGGCGAAGCUCACAGUCAUCAAAGACUUCAAACACGUCUGGACCCACCCCAGAGAGCUGGCUGGUCGGCGGAUCUGGUUCGCCUAUCGACGUGGAAGGUGGAGUGUUGCAUUGCGUCGACAACUUUGCUCAUCAACACACAACCGCACCAGAGCUUUUCCGUGUAGCGCAGCGUUUGGGAAUCCAACAUCGAUUGAGGCUCCACCUCGACGACGCAAGAGCUUUUCUCGAAGAGUCUGGGCACCUUCACUUUGAUUUCGUCUGGCUGGAUGGAUUGCUGGACUUUGCACCACCAGUGAAUGGAAAUGUAAAGGACGGCAUUGACAGCUUCCUGUCGCUACUUUGGCCUCGAGUUCUUCCCGGAGGCUUAGUUCUGUCCUCUGACGAUGACUGGGGACUCCACAAAACCGGUACGAUGUUGUUUGGUAGUUGUUUUUUGUACUUGUUGCCUUCAUGCGAAUUCUAUAGAUGGCAUCGAAGGCUCCACAGCACUUUGACGAACAGCGCUGUUCGGGAAUGGGUGGACUCUGCAGCCAAGUCGCUGCAGGGCACACCGGGUGCUAUGUUGAGCCUUUUAGAGCCCCACAAGAAGUUUCAGAACUCGGUCAGCAUCCUGCAGAAGAGGUCUGAUGGUUUUUCUGAGCCGGUCUACUCUAAGUUACCGUGA